UCCUAUUUGGGUUGUUGUUUCGCUGUCCUCAUAUUAGCUCUACUCAGCCCCCAAGAUGGUGUCAAGAACAUUAAACAAAGGCAAGGAAUAGAAGCUCAAAAUAGUGGGGGAGAGUAAUAGAAUUGGGGGCCAACAGCAGAUAGAGAAGUGUUCGAUAACAGAUUCAGUGGAGGCCACAAUAUGGAUUGGACACCUCCAGCACCUCGAUAACCUUUGAAUUCUCCUUGUCUGUUAAGGACUGAAAUCUAUGAAGAAAGAAGGGUCCACAUUCCUCUCCAGACUUUGUUUCUACUCUACUUAACAGCCUUGAACUCUUACCCAUUUCUUUCAAGACAUACACUUCAAGGCAAAGCUGCAGCAGCCAUGUCCAACUCCUCUCACAUUGCUGCUUCCAUUGUAUUCCCUGCAAUCUGACCAGUAGUUGUAGAUUCAAUCCCCUUAGGUUUAAACUCCAUGCUUUCAGGAGUUCUUUCCGCAACGAAAGAGUGAAGCAACACUAGGAAAAUAUAUAGUCUGUCGUCGCAUCUUAUAUAUCACGGAGUUUGCUAUUGCACCAAAAAUUGAGAUUUUUUUGCUCAAGGCUAUCCUUGAUGACAACUUGAUUUCUGCAUAGUGCCCAAACAAAGAUCUUGACCUCCCAAGCAGAAAUAAGGCAAAGCGUCCAGAAAUUGUAGAUGGAAGCCAAAUUCUUUCGGUUUCUAAAGAUUGUGGGAGUUGGGUUUAGAGGAAGAACUGAAGCAGAAGGUCGCCGACUGUUCUUAAAAUUGGGCUACAGUCAUGAGGUUGAAUUUGCUGUUCCUCCUGCUGUUCGUGUUUUCUGCUUUAAACCCAACAUUAUUUGUUGUACGGGGAUAGACAAACAAAGGGUACACCAGUUUGCAGGUGCAGUUCGUAGCUGUAAGCCCCCUGAAGUCUACAAAGGCAAGGGUAUCAUGUACAUUGAUGAAGUAGUAAAGAAGAAGCAAGGAAAAAAAUCAAAGUAAAAGCAGAAUGGAUGAAAUUCUUGUUCUUUUAUGCUUAAACUGUUGAGUAGCACCACCAUGCUCGACCAUAGCAGGGGAAGGAUGGAAGACAGUUGGCGAAUGAACUACUUGUUCUGUCAUUAAAAUCCUUGAAUGAUUUCUAAAGUAAUCACCCAGGGGGAUCUUUUUUGAUGGAUUAGCAUAUCAAAUUUGUAGUUGUUCUUGUGAGUGCAUUUUACAUAGUGCUCCUGUUUCUCGAAGUUCUUCUGCUACAAGUUGUGGUAGUACGGUACGAAGGAAUAGUUUCUCAUUUUGGUCGAUGGCGAACCUUCAUGGUGAUCAAGGAAUGAAAUUGUUUAGGCUGCCAGACACUUGUCAUAAGAUUGGAACAGUGUGUUUUAAUUGACAGCACAGCUUGGUCUUGGUGAUUUGCUUCUUUCAUGCUUUGAAUACUUUAUACCA